CCCCGAUGGCCGCCGCCGGGCCCCGGAGCUCCCUGAGCCGAGCGCUCUGCAGGCAGCUGCUGCUGACCCUCUUGGUCUUCAGUCUUACUGGUGAAGCCUGCAAAAAGGUGAUAUUUAAUGUACCUUCUAAACUAGAGGUAGACAAAAUGGUCGGCAGAGUUAAUUUGAAAGAGUGCCUCAGAUCCGCAGACCUCAUCCAGUCAAGUGAUCCUGGUUUCAGAGUGCUAGGUGACGGGUCAGUGUACACAGCCAGUGCUCUUGUGUUCUCUGAUGAGAAAAGAUCCUUCGCUAUACGGCUUUCUGACACAAAGAAACAGACUCAGAAAGAGAUCACUGUUCUCCUGGAACAUCAGAAGAAGGUAUUGAAGAAAAGACAAACUAAAGAAACUGUUCUCAGGCGUGCCAAGCGGAGAUGGGCACCUAUUCCUUGCUCAAUGCAAGAGAAUUCCUUGGGCCCCUUCCCUUUGUUUCUUCAGCAAUUGAUCGCCUAUGCCUCAACUGCAGACGGGUACUCAGCAGAUUUACCUCUUCCCCUGCCCAUCAGAGUAGAGGAUGAAAAUGACAACAAACCUGUUUUCACAGAAGCAAUUUAUAAUUUUGAAGUUGCAGAAAGUAGUAGACUUGAUUUCACCAUUUUAAAGGGAAAUGAAAAUGGAAAUUUCAAAAUCAGUACAGAUAAAGAAACUAAUGAAGGUGUUCUGUGUGUUGUAAAGCCACUGAAUUAUGAAGAAAACCAUCAAGUGAACCUGGAAAUUGGAGUAAGCAAUGAAGUUCCAUUGACUAGAGAUGCACCUAGAGUGACAGCCAUGAACAGAGCCUUGGUUACAGUCCACGUGAAGGACGUGGACGAGGGGCCUGAAUGCAGCCCUCCGGCCCAAUAUUUGCGGAUUAAAGAGAACUUAGCAGUGGGGUCAAAUAUCAAAGGCUAUCAGGCAUAUGACCCUGAAACCAGAAAUAGCAAUGGUUUAAGGUAUAAAAUAUUGCAUGAUCCUAAAGGGUGGAUCGCCAUUGAUGAAAUUUCAGGGUCAAUCACAACUUCCAAAAUCCUGGACAGGGAGGCCGUACCUCCCAAACAUGGUCUAUAUAAUAUUACAGUCCUGGCAAUAGACCGAGAUGGCAGAUCAUGUACGGGAACACUUGCUGUGAACAUUGAAGAUGUGAAUGAUAACGCACCAGAAAUACUUCAAGAUUAUCUAACGAUUUGCAAACCAAAGAUGGGGUAUACCGACAUUUCAGCUAUUGACCCCGAUGAACCUGUCCACGGACCUCCAUUUUAUUUCAGUUUGUCAAACCCCUCUCCAGAAAUCAAUAGAAUAUGGACCCUCACCAAAGUUAAUGAUACAGCUGCCCGUCUUUCAUAUCAGAAAAAUGCUCAAUUUCAAGAAUAUACUAUUCCUGUUACUGUAAAAGACAGAGCAGGUCAAUCUGCCACAAAAGUCCUGAGAGUUAAUCUGUGUGACUGUACUCAUCCAAGUCAGUGUCGCUCGACUUCACGGAGUGCAGGAGUCGUACUUGGAAAAUGGGCCAUCCUUGCGAUACUCCUGGGAAUAGCACUACUAUUUUGUAAGCACUUUCACUUACUUGAAUGUUCUGCCAAUGGAUUCACGACCCAUACUGCCAACAACUCUAGCCAAGGUUUUUGUGGUACUGUGGGAUCAGCAACCAGAAAUGGAGGGCAGGAGACCAUUGAGAUGGUGAGAGGAGGGCAGCAGACCCUGGAAUCCUGCCGGGGAGCUGGGCACCAUCACACCCUGGACUCCUGCCGGGGAGGACACACGGAGAUGGACAACUGCAGAUACAACUACUCGGAGUGGCACAGUUUCACUCAGCCCCAUCUCUGUGAGAAAUUACAUCUAUGCAAUCAGAAUGAACACCAUGUACCAUCUCAAGAUUAUGUCCUUACAUAUAACUAUGAAGGAAGAGGCUCUUCAGCUGGUUCUGUAGGUUGCUGCAGUGAAAAACAGGAGGAAGAUGGCCUUGAUUUUUUAAAUAAUUUGGAACCCAAAUUUAUGACGUUAGUAGAAGCAUGCACCAAGAAAUAAUAUCAGAGUGCUACAAUUAAGUCUUUCCCAGACAUUCUGGUGGUUUCCCAAAAUAAUACUGUAAAGUUAAAUU